AUGUUUGCGGAAAUCGAGGAGGAAAAUAGACAGCAUGAAAUUCUAGAACAGAAUAUAGAAAGAAGGAUGAUGCGUGACGAAAGUGACCCAUGUAUGGGACAGACUACCGUAAGCAAAUGUAUCAAGGAAGUUUCUGACUUAAUUGUACAUAAUCUGUCAAAUACCUGGAUUGAAUUUCCCGUCACACCAGAAGCCAAGCUUGCAAUCAAAACAGGUUUCAUGGAGACAAGACAAGACGGUUUCAUGCAGAGAAGGACGGUUUACACUGGGUAA